GUCAAUCUGGUCGGAGUUUGUGAUUUUGCUAAGUGCUCCAAAAUGGUUUCCCUCAAAGCUUCCCGUGUGAUCGGCUACAGCUAUGCUGGAAUUUGCCUGGUAUGCUCGUUGCUGCUGAUCAUCAACUCGGGACACAUGGUGAAGGUGAACGAUCGAUUAUCCGGACGCAGCACCGUCAGCGUUACAUGUGUGCUGACACUUGUUUUUUCACUGAUUUCGAUGGUCUUCAACAUUCUUUUAGUUUUUGGCUUGUUCAUGCAUCGAGCAAACUUUGUCAAGUAUUACCUUCGAUUUGUGACAACAGUCUACGCGUUCGUAUCGAUUGGGCUGUUCAUCGGUUGCAUCGUGGUGGGGAUCGUAAUUAGUGAUGACGUCAGAACAUCUUAUGUAGAAGAUUUGAGUAUAAGUCUGGUUGGUGCAACGGUUGGAUUUUGUAUUCUAAUUACUCUAGAAACUCUGUGGUACAUUCUGGUCGUAUGGAUCCUGAAGCGUGUGAUUGAAGUCAUUAGGCAUGAUGCUGCUCAGAUUGCUGCCGGAGAUGAUGGUGUUAUCAUUCCGGAUUUGAUUUAAAGAAUUUGAUAUGCAAUAGCUAUGAUGAAUAAUUUCGAGGAAAUCUUUAUGAUGAACAUAAAGUUUGGAUCAUUGAGUUUCUGUUUUUUUUUUGCUUUUUUUUCAAAUAGUCUUCCUUACAUAAUUAUGCACAGAAGAUGAUUUACUUCGGCAAGGUUUUUUUAUAGUUUCAUCAACAACAUUAUUUCUUAAAAAGGCCUCAAAUGAAUUGACACUGUUUAUUUUACGCCAUCAGCUGCAAGUAACCGCGCAGUUAACUGCUCAUCCAAAACGUCCUAAACCGUCACUUCUCUGCAUUGCCAUAAAUAUCGAGGAUAAAACUCAUUUUAUUUCCUUACCCGCAAUGUGAAGUUCACCUGCCCAAGAGCAAUAUUCCCCAGUAUCGCGUGCUUUAUGUCUCGAAAGAAAUUUUUAUGUUUUCAAGCAUGCGACAAAUUUCCGACUUAAAAAUUUAACCCCCAAGUCAUUUAUCAGCUUGGACCUGCAGCAGCUGUCUGUCAUUUGCAUAAGUCACAUCAAUAAAAUUAUCUCGAGGCAAAUUUGUGAUAU